AUGAUAGGAGGAAGCAAACUUGCUGAAGCAAACUUUCCCAGCAAGAACGGAUCCCUCAAGCUGGACGAAUGGGUGUUGUGCCGGAUGUACAACAAGAAGAACAACUGGGGGAAGGUCAAGGUGGAGCAGGACAUGGCCGUGGAGGCAUGGCCUGGACGCUCGUCAACCUCGGCCACUUCGUGGUACCCGCCUCUCCCCCUCCCCUCCCUCCCUCGCUUACACGUCCUUGACUCCCAUGGAUCUGAAGGCUUGCGGGUUGUGUUUGUUUACCUCGAUUGCUUGCUUCGUGCAGUCAGGAAUUGGGGUAGAUUGUUCGCAUCUUUCCACCCUUCGCCUCCCCUAGCUACAAAUGCUACGACACAUUCGCCAAUCCUGCCAACUAAUAAAGUGUAUUCUAGUUUGAAGUUUACUGUUUCAUAA